CUGUAUGUUACAUGACAAUGUCAUUGUCAAUAAUACAUUGAUUGACGAAUUAUAUUUUUAAUAUUUCUUUUUUUCCUUUGCCAUACCUUUACUCUUUUUAUUUUCUCUAUCCCGAAAUAGAAGGAUAUUGCGGGAGGAUGAAAGCAUCUUAUUGGGUUUAGAUUCAUGAGAAAACGAUGCAAAAAAGACUAAGGCGAAUAUACGGAAAGAGAGGGAUUCGAACCCUCGGUAAACAGAAGCCUACAUAGCAGUUCCAAUGCUACGCCUUGAACCGCUCAGCCAUCUUUCCUAUACGAUCUCUUCAUUUGUCGACAAAAUGAAAAGAACAAGUUUUAUUAUGUGAUAACUUACUUUUGCAUAAGUAAAGUAUUUAUGAAAUCUGGCAUAAAGACAAAAGAGUAUUUUACCACACUCCUUCUUUUCUUCUUAUUUCAAGAUAUUUUAUCUUAUUCGGGGUUUUAUUGCCGAUCCAAUUGUGAAAUUAAGCCAGAUCUAUUGAUCCAGAAUGAUCCUAUAUAUACAUAUAUUAUGAAUCAUUUUUCGGUAAGAAUGAAUGGUACAAAUUAUAUCAUAAUGACUAUACUCAAUAUAUUCUAUGUUUUAGAAUAAGUAUGAACACACACGAUCCUGAUUUUAUCAAAAAGCAGAAAAUUGACUCUUCACCAAUUUACCGUUUACUUGCUCGUUUGAUCCUUGGGAUCAUGAGCAAACGAGUGCGAUAUUUCUUAAAUUUGCAUAUAUAGAUAUAAACAUUGUCUAAAAUUCAAUUUAUUGUUCAUCAAUAAAUUGAAUGAACUCUUUCAAAUAUUCCCAUUUUUUCUUUAUUUAGAAAAAAUGAUAAUGUUUACAUAUUUGCGAUCGUAAGGAAAUCCAUUUAUUAUACUAUUGUGCAUUGGAAUAUAAUUUUGUUCAUGGAAUCAUUUCCGUAUGGGGAAUAAAAAAAAAAUUAUCAAAUUUAUAAUUGACUAUGCCUAGAUCUCAAAGAAAUGACAAUUUUAUCGACAAGACUUUCACAAUUGUAGCGGAUAUAUUAUUGCAGAUAAUCCCAAUGGCUUCAGGGGAGAAAAAGGCAUUUACCUAUUACAGAGAUGGUGUGAUUUGAUAUUUUUUUCUUUCUGCUUUUUCUCGUUUCGUAGAAUGGCGGAAUAUUUAUUAAGUUAAGUUAAAGAAAACUUACGCUUAGUGAAGGUGAGUUUUAGAAAUAGAACAAUUCUUUCUGUCGUGUAUCCCCGAUUUAUGCAGCCUUAGAUGCUUUGAUCUUCUGAGAUUCUAGUAUUAAGCAAAAGGUUAUAUCUAUUACAUAGAUGUUAAUGGUCAAAUCUAUAUGAUAGGUAUGCAUAGGGGAAAAAGCACUACGCGUUAAAAUCGACAACACAAAUGCUUCGUUAUAAUACACAAAACCUUUUUAAUGAAGGGCUAGUUAGAAUGGUUGAGGCAACAAACAUCCAUCUCGUUUGUAUUUCGGAUACCGCUAGAACCAUCGGAGACUGUUGAAGUGAAUAAUCCCCGUAAAAUACAGUGCGUUAAGGACAAAGAAAUUGGUAGAGGUUAUGUUUAUAGUGCUAAGCUAAAAUACUUGGUAUUUAGAAAAAAAUCUUUGCAAGAAGGAUAGCUAGAGAUUCAUCGGAAAUACGCUAGUUCCUGUUAAUUCAUAAUAUAAGAAACUAUUUUUUUGUCCAUUUAAUGGAUUACUUCCCUUAUUCUGUAAAAAAAGGAGGAGCCGUAUGAGGUGAAAUUCUCAUGUACGGUUUUGAAGCGGAGAUCAUUUCAAUUGAAUGAACGACCGUAACGAAUGUCAGCUCAAUCCGAAGGGGAAUAUGCGGAAGCUUUACAAAAUUAUUAUGAAGCCAUGCGACCGGAAAUUGACCCCUAUGACCGAAGUUAUAUAUUAUAUAAUAUAGGUCUUAUCCACACGAGUAAUGGGGAACAUACUAAGGCUUUGGAAUAUUAUUUCCAGGCAUUAGAACGAAACCCGUCUUUACCACAAGCUCUUAAUAAUACGGCCUUGAUCUGUCAUUACGUGCGGCUAUCUGUACUAUAGAAUGAAUUCGUUUAGAACUACGGAAAAGAAAAAAAAAAGAGGCUUUCUACAUAUGCACCGUCCAAAACAACGGUUUUUUAUCAGCUGUAGUCAAAAGAAUAUCCCUCAUAGGAGCCCAAAUAUGAAUCGGUAAAUAUAGCCUGGAUAGUCCAUGGAUAAAAUAAAAUCAAUUCAAUUGAUGGAAAAAGCACCAUAAAGAUCAAUUAUUGAAAGUUCGGGCUGAUACGAUCAAAUCUGCUCAUGGGCAAAAAAAAGGAUUCAAUUUAUGUAAUAGGGUUGAUUUACUAGGCUAUUGAGCAGUGGUGUAGCAUCGGAUCCUAAAGACGUGAAGUACUUUCCUGGUAGGAAAGUAUUCUUCAAAAUUUCUAUACAGAACAUAGAUAGUUACCUCUUAAAAAGAUUUUUAUCUGAUCUAAUCUGAAGUAGAUCUCUUUAUUUCUAAUACUUCAUCUUUUUUAGGGUGGGAGAAAGGAGAAAACCUGAUCAUUUAUCGAAAGUGAAGUUUGAAACUCAUGUCAUUGACCCAUUCUGUUCUUUCGGUUAACCUGAACGUAUUUCUUCUAUUUUGGAAGUUUGGGUAAAGGACUAAAGAAUAGUUGAUUGAGCCGUAUGAGGUAGGAAACUCUCAAGUACGGUUCUAAGGGAAGAAAACUUUUAGAAGUUGAUCUAUCCCGACCGAGGAGAACAGGCCAUUCAACAGGGAGAUCCUGAAAUUGCGGAAGCUUGGUUUGAUCAAGCUGCUGAGUAUUGGAAACAAGCUAUAGCGCUUGCUCCAAGCAAUUAUAUCGAAGCACAAAAUCGGUUAAAGAUUACAGGACGUUUUGGAGAAUGAAAAUGUCUCGAUUACUAUACUGCGAAAUCGUCAAGAAUAUGAAAUUUAUCCAGACAGGAUAAAUCCAUUUUUCAUACUAUUCGAGCGAAUUAGCUUCUCUUAUUGCAUUGUCAUUAUAAAAAAAUAUGUUUAAAAUAAAACAAAGAAUACUUUCUAUGGAUCGUUAAUGAAAAAAAUCUUUUCUCUAUGGGCAAAUCCCGUCCAGAGAUAUAAUUUAUUAAAGAUUCAUUAAUAAUUUAUCAAUUCAAAGUUCUUUUGAAUUAUAAAAGUGAUCUGUAACAUAUGGGUCCAGAGAUAUGGAUAAAUAAAUCUGGAUAUGAAGAUAAUGAUUGUAUUAAUAUUGAUAUCUUUUUUUACCACUCGACGGGAAAGACGUUUUAUAUCUCGCAACGGUCCAUUAAGCACCUAUCAGAUAUGUCAUAAUAAAUAUGAACACCUGUCUCAAAUCGACUUCCCUAUCAUAGUCGCUCUAGUUUUGAACUGGGAAAUAAAGAGAGGAACGAGUUGAGAAUAUAUCUUUUUUUUUAUUCGGCGGGUUUUUUCUCAUGUCUCGUCUGGAAAGAGGAGAACUCAAUGACCAUUCGUUCACCGGAACCAGAAGUAAAGAUCAUAGUGGAUAGGGAUCCUGUUAAAACCUCUUUUGAAAAAUGGGCUAAACCCGGUCAUUUCUCAAAGACACUAGCCAAGGGACCUAAUACUACCACCUGGAUCUGGAACCUACAUGCUGAUGCUCACGAUUUUGAUAGCCAUACCAAUAAUUUGGAAGAGAUCUCCCGCAAAGUAUUUAGUGCUCAUUUUGGUCAAUUAGCAAUAAUAUUUAUUUGGCUAAGUGGGAUGUACUUUCACGGCGCUCGCUUCUCCAAUUAUGAAGCAUGGCUAGGCGAUCCUACUCACAUUAAACCCAGUGCUCAGGUAGUUUGGCCGAUAGUAGGCCAAGAAAUUUUGAAUGGAGAUGUGGGUGGAGGUUUUCGAGGAAUACAAAUAACCUCUGGGUUCUUCCAGAUUUGGCGAGCAUCCGGAAUAACUAGUGAAUUGCAACUUUACUGCACCGCAAUUGGUGCAUUGAUCUUUGCAGCGUUAAUGCUUUUUGCUGGUUGGUUCCAUUAUCACAAAGCUGCUCCAAAAUUGACUUGGUUCCAAGAUGUAGAAUCCAUGUUGAACCACCAUUUAGCAGGGUUACUAGGACUUGGCUCUCUAUCUUGGGCAGGACACCAAAUACACGUUUCUUUACCUAUUAAUCAACUCUUAGAUGCUGGAGUGGACCCUAAAGAGAUACCACUUCCUCAUGAGUUUAUUUUAAAUCGUGAGCUUUUAGCUCAACUUUAUCCCAGUUUCGCUAAGGGAUUGACCCCAUUUUUCACCCUGAAUUGGUCGGAAUAUUCAGAUUUUUUGACUUUUCGCGGAGGACUCAACCCAGUAACGGGGGGUCUGUGGCUGACCGAUACUGCACACCACCAUUUGGCUAUUGCAGUUCUUUUUCUAAUCGCUGGUCAUAUGUAUAGAACCAAUUGGGUUAUUGGUCAUAACCUCAAGGAUAUUUUGGAAGCUCAUAAAGGUCCAUUUACAGGGGAAGGACAUAAAGGUCUUUACGAGAUCUUAACUACUUCAUGGCAUGCUCAAUUAGCUCUUAACCUAGCUAUGUUAGGGUCUUUAACUAUUGUCGUAGCUCACCAUAUGUAUUCUAUGCCUCCCUAUCCAUAUCUAGCUACUGACUAUGGUACCCAACUGUCUCUGUUCACGCACCAUAUGUGGAUUGGUGGAUUUCUCAUAGUUGGCGCUGCUGCACAUGCAGCUAUUUUUAUGGUAAGAGACUAUGAUCCGACUACUCAAUACAACAAUCUUUUAGACCGUGUUCUGAGACAUCGUGAUGCAAUCGUAUCACACCUCAACUGGGCAUGUAUUUUCUUAGGUUUCCAUAGUUUUGGUCUAUAUAUUCAUAAUGAUACUAUGAGUGCUUUAGGACGUCCUAAAGAUAUGUUUUCAGAUACUGCUAUACAAUUACAACCUAUCUUUGCUCAAUGGGUACAAAACACUCAUGCUUUAGCACCCAGUUUGACAGCUCCUGAUGCAACAACAAGCACCAGCUUAACCUGGGGAGGCAGCGAUUUGGUAGCAGUAGGUGCCAAAGUGGCUUUGUUACCUAUUCCAUUAGGAACUGCGGAUUUUUUAGUACACCAUAUUCAUGCAUUUACUAUCCAUGUGACUGUAUUAAUAUUACUGAAAGGUGUUUUAUUUGCUCGCAGUUCUCGUUUAAUACCCGAUAAAGCGAAUCUUGGUUUUCGUUUUCCUUGCGAUGGGCCUGGUAGAGGAGGAACAUGUCAAGUAUCUGCCUGGGAUCAUGUCUUCCUAGGAUUAUUCUGGAUGUACAAUGCAAUUUCGGUAGUAAUAUUUCAUUUUAGUUGGAAAAUGCAGUCUGACGUUUGGGGUAGUAUAAGUGAUCAGGGAGUGGUAACUCAUAUUACAGGAGGAAACUUUGCACAGAGUUCCGUUACAAUUAACGGGUGGCUUCGUGACUUUCUAUGGGCACAAGCUUCUCAAGUAAUCCAAUCUUACGGUUCUUCAUUAUCUGCCUAUGGCCUUUUAUUCUUAGGUGCUCAUUUCGUUUGGGCAUUUAGUUUAAUGUUCCUAUUUAGUGGCCGUGGAUAUUGGCAAGAACUUAUUGAAUCUAUUGUUUGGGCUCAUAAUAAAUUAAAAGUUGCUCCUGCUAUCCAGCCAAGAGCCUUGAGUAUUGUCCAAGGACGUGCUGUAGGAGUAGCUCAUUACCUUCUGGGUGGAAUCGUCACAACAUGGGCGUUCUUCCUAGCAAGAAUUAUUGCAGUAGGAUAA